GAGUGGUCUGAGGCUGCUUGUGUCUCCGCUCCGUUGUCCCAUUUUACCACCAGCGCCUCUCGGUGUCGCGCACUCCACCGCCCCACAUACACACACACCCCGGUCACUACUCGCGGUGGUCAGAUCCGUUGUGGUGUACACGGCGGAAGAGAUACAGCUGAAUGUUGCGGUGGUUUCGGUACACUGUUCGAUACCUUAGAGGGGCGGAACGACUGGAUUGACGGAUACAGGGGGCAGCGCCGAAGCAGAACCAGCUGUACCACCAACCCGUGCCACACACGGUUCAACAUGUCCAAAACGUUAAAGCGGCCCGUGUCGGGGCAGCGGCCAAGCUGCUACAUUCCGAGCCGGCUGGAGGACCGUCGCAUCCGGAACCGAACGCUGCGCCAGGAGCGCCGCCGCAAGCCGGACAAGCCGGACGACUUCGUCACGUACGAGGACAGCGACAGCGAGGAGGAAACGCCGAGCCAGCAGCACCAGGUGCUCAGCACCUCGUACAACUUCGUAGACUACAUUAGAAGCAGAGAAUCAGACUUGAGCGAUGAGCGGACGAUCGAUCCGGCGUACGCCAGCAGGCACAUCCUGACGCACGACAUGUUUCGCGAAACGCCGAUCGCGCUCGGCAACAUCAACAAGGUGUUCUGCUCGCAGUGGCUCAGCAACCGGCAGGUCGUGUUCGGUACCAAGUGCAAUAAGCUGAUGGUGUACGACGUGAACAUGCGGCGGGUGGACGCAAUACCGACGCUGCCGAACAGCCACGGCGCCAGCCCCGACACGCAGUCCGGCAUACACGCGUGCCAGAUCAAUCCGAGCCACAGCCUGCUGGCGACCGGCGCGCGCCACUCGGCCGACAUUGCGCUGUACCGGUUGCCCACGCUCGAUCCGCUCUGCAUCGGUGAGAACGCGCACCGGGACUGGGUGUUCGAUAUGUGCUGGCUGGACGAUCAGUUCCUGGUGUCCGGAUCGCGCGAUACCAAGCUCGCGCUGUGGCGCGUCAACGAAGAUCUGAUGGACUUCCCGGUGGCGAAGGACGCCGAGGAGGAGGGGGACCAGCAGCACCAGCAGCAGCAGCAGGACGUUCCGAGCUAUGCGCACAUCUCGCCGAUCGCGGUGAAGGAGUGCCGCGGAGCGCAGAAGAUACGGGCCAUCUGCUUCAACAAGGAGUAUCGCGAGCUGGCGCUACUGUCGCUGAACGGCUAUAUGCAUCUGUUCAACGCGGAAACGUUCUCGCAAAAGCUCUCCCGAAAGCUGCCGAACUGUCAGGAGAACGUGUGCAUAGCUUGCCAACCGAACGGUCUGUAUGCGGUAGGGUGUCGUUCGUACACGUUGCUGCUCGACCCGAGGACACUGCAGGCUGUGAAAAAGAUUGCAUCACGCUACAGCGGCUGCGGGAUACGUUCGGCAAGCUUCCAGGGCAACAUCCUUACCAUCGGCACUGGCAUGGGAAUGCUGAUGUUCUUCGACAUACGGGCCGGCAAAUAUCUCGAGUCGUGCAUUAACUCUUCCCGUACGGUUGUACUGAAAGCUAGCAAAGGCUAUGUGGCCCAAUUUCCGGACGAGGAAAUUGACGGUUUCCAGCAGAACAAGUACUCGCCCGCUAUCUACACGCACUGUUACGACAGCAGUGGUACGCGUCUCUUCACCGCCGGCGGACCGUUACCGGCCACACUGAUAGGCAACUAUGCGGGCAUCUGGCAAUAGUAGCUUGGCCGAAGUCUAUUCUCAUCCGGAUUGUGGUAGCCAACUGAUCGCACGUCCCCCUGGGUGCAAAUGCUUUCUAGCAGCAGCAGCAACAACUACACCCACCACUGUCUUCGCACGUUUCUUUAUUUGAUACGAUUUUGUUUUAUUAUUUCGACAGUGGACUUUGUGGAAAUUGAACCUUGUUGGAUUCGUGAUUUAUGUUCUAACAUUUUCUCUCUUGAUUCAAGUUUUUUUUUUGACUUGGUGACAUGCAUUGUCCCGUGAAGUAGCCGAUAAACCGUUCAUCACAGGUUCAAAGCGUGUAUCAAUAGAAAGAAACACGCUGUUUAAAUGUAACCCCCUACGGCUAGAACGAGCAUGCGACACGGUUGAACUUUUUUUAUACUUCUUUUUGUAUGUAAAAUCUACAGUUUUCAUUACACAUCACGUACAUUAGCAAAGUAUGUACCAACUACGUGGGAUCGUCUGUCUUAUCUGGGGGGUGGUCUCGUAAUGUAGCUCGCAUGUAUCAAGCCACGGCCAAUGCAAGCGAAUAGUUAGAACGAUGAACAAAAAAAGAUCAAGCUCCAACCUACAAUUGCAGUAAAAGAACACUAAUUAAUGUAGGACAGUGUGUUCGAUAUCGGUGAACGAUAACGGCACUAUCCAUCGGCAGACAGAAAUAUGUUUUUUUAGGGUUAACUCGCAAAAUAGUACGGCAAAUCAGUACAUCAAAUAGAGAAAGGAAGUACGGCCGUCGUGUGAAAUAUAGUGUGACGAGAUAAAGGGCAAACGUAUUAGGUACGCUAAUCGGGAUAAGUUCUAACUAGGGGGCGAGUGGAAAAGUGUAGGAUGGUAAACGAAGGUGUGGUAAUGAUUGGUGAUGUAAAGUAAUUCGUGCAGAGAAAUGCUACAGACAAACAAACAAACAAAAAACGACUCAGCUCUGAUACAACGCAAGGUGUUUGUGCGAAGAUCCUUGAUAGUUUCGUAAGUUGAUCACAACAAUUCGUUUAGGCAAGGUAAUGAUUGAUGAUAAGCUAGAAAUUUCAUAAAAAAGCUAAUAAAGUCUAACUAGAAAAUCAUGAACAAGAGAUGCAACAAUA